AUCCAAAGCAAAAUUGUUUUAGUUAACUGGGAUGGGUUAAAGUGAGAGAACAUAUCAGAGCCGUUCCCUUAUUUGGCGAAGGGCACAACCAAUUUAAACAAAAACCUUGUUCCAGCUAAAAAUGGCACUGUCUAAGAUCUUAAACCGGAAGCUUCUCCGCCGGUAUCCUUCCAUAUCAGCUUCCUUAUCCGAUGACUGCCAGAGGUGGCAGCACCAUAUUCUCCUCUCAUCGGUACGGUCCCCAUCUGUGUUGUCUUUGUUUUCUGGAUCAAAGCAAUUUCUAGUUCCUUUGGGUGUUCAUUCAUUCUCCCGUUCUUUCUCAACUCGUAAAUCCACUUCUAUCGAAGGAUAUCCGCUUGAAGAUGGAGACUUUAACCACACUCAACUUGCUUCUCCCGCUGACCUGAUUCUUCCAGGCGACGUAGCCUGUGGCGGGGAAGUGGUAGAAUCAAUUCUUCCGGUAUGGGCUCUGUCUUCAUUGCUAGAUGGCUACCACGUCUUCACGGGAUUGCCUUGGUGGGUUGUUAUUGCUUCUGGAACAUUGGCAAUGAGGCUUUCGCUAUUUCCACUUGUAGUACUGCAACUCCGCAAGUUGGCCAGGAUCGGUGAGCUACUACCUAAGCUGCCUCCUCCUUUCCCUCCACGUAUGUCACGAAGGACAUUCACAGACCAAUUCACACUUUUCUUCAAAGAGAAGAAAGCAGCAGGUUGCCCUUCACUUUUAUGGUUCAUCUCGUCAUUUUCUCUACAAGUUCCCUGCUUUUUGUUAUGGAUUACAACUAUAAGAAGAAUGUCACUCGAGCAUCAUGAUGGAUUUGAUGUUGGAGGAACUCUGUGGUUUCAGAAUUUGACUGAAGUGCCAAAUGGCACUUUAGGCCCCAUAUUACCCUUACUGAUUGCUGGACUGCAUUUCACUAAUGUUCAGGUUUCCUUUCAGAGUUCACCACUUAUGAAAACCAGUGGCCCUUUUGCUUUAUUAGCCAAGUACUACAAGCAAUACUUGGAGAUUCUGUCCCUCCCAAUACUGUUCAUUUCGUUCAAUUUGCCCCAGGGGAGUUUAGUGUACUGGCUUUUCAAUAGUAUAUCAAGUCUCCUUCAGCAAAUUUCUCUUAGGCAUCCUGUGGUUCGUAAGAAAUUAGGACUACCAGAUAAGGAAGUUGCUGCAAUGGCAAAACAAAACAACCUAGACUGCUCAAAGGAAGAUGUGAUGAAUACUUCAAAUGAAUCUCAAGAGAUGGCAAAUUAUGUCAUAAAUCCAGAUGUAAUUUCACAUCCAGAUUCUCCACAGGAGAUACCUGCUCAAAAUCUGUCGGCCAAAGAGCUUGUUAAUAUUGCAACCUCGCUCUUCGCUGAAGGUAAGAAAGAUGUGGCUCUUCAACUGAUGCGACUUGCUCUUGCCAAGGAUCCUGAUUAUGCCAGAGCUUUGAUGCAUGGACAAUUGCAAAAUGGUUUCUCAUCAAAAGCCACUGAAAUCUUGAAAAGUUGUAUUUCUGAGCUGCUCAUAAAUAGACACCCUGCAGAAGUUGAGGAUGUCGAUCACUUGAUCCUAUCAUCCCAAUGGGCAGGUGUGACUUGUAUACGCGAGGGGAAGUAUGAAGAGGGCAUUACACACCUCGAGAAAGUAGCUCUGAUGAAGGAGCCAGAGGAUCCAAGGACAAAAUCACAUUACUAUGACGCAUUGGUAUUAUUCUCAAGUGCCUUAUACAUUGUGGGCCGGAAAGAUGAAGCUGCCAAGUAUUUGCACAUAGUCAGUGCUUAUGAUCCUUCUUGUAUUGAUUUAUUUAAGCAAUAUGAAACUGAUGUAACUUCUCAAGAACCAAGUGAAAAUGAAUUUGUCAAUGACCUUGACAACAGCCAUAGAGCAGAUUAGUUGAUUCUUCACUAAUCAGACGUGAAUCUAGUUUUGGUCAUUCUUGAUUACUGAAUAAUAAGUAAAAGUGUGUCACUCUGUGAGUGCCAUUUGCCUUUUGGUUUGGUUUCUGAAAACUGUUUGCUUUGAGGGUUGAACACAUGUAGUAGCCAUGAAGCAGCCAUGAAGUAGCCAUGUUUGCUUGUGGUCAUCAAGCAAGUUGCGUCUAGGGUACCUGUAGAAAACCAUGAAGUAGCUCACAUUUCGUAUGCGUUGAAUGUGCUUGGAGCCAGGUCGCCAGGGGUCCAAGAAUGCAUUGUAUUAUGGAUAGCAUCCCGGCAUCUGCCAUUAACCUGGGGGUGUGGCCGGUGGCCCCAGCUCAGACGCAUUUUGCAUUUGGAAAUAAUAAUUAUUCCUUUUCAGCAACAUCAUUUUCCAGAUAGGCCACUAGUUUUGAGCAUGAUUGUCGAUGGCGCAAUAUGGCGUGUGCGCCAUGAGGCACGCUAAACACCUCUGCGCCAUGAAAAUAGGCUGUGGCGCUGAAUAUACAACUGGCGAUGCCAUUCUUGCGCCUUCGCCGUGGCGCUGCGACUCGUUUUUAAAGAAAAGAGUCUGUAUUUGCUUUGUAAUUUUUGGGACAUAACAAUCUGUGACCUUUUUUUUUGAAUGAAAAGACUUGAUUAUAAA